UCUUUUGAUUUUGGAACAGAGCUGACAGCACGAGCUGUUCUGUGCUGUGGAGCUGAUGUGUACUUUUGUUACCUGUUCCUUUCUGUUGGUACUUAAGAGACCUUUUUACUCCUUUUAAACAUUGAGAGAAACUGAGCUUACAUACUUCUGUCUGAUUCCAGGAUGGUAGGUGUGCGAGGUUCCAUGACCAGGAGUAGUUGCGCACAUGGACACUGACAGACAGCAACCAGGCAUUAGCAUCAACAGUGAGACCAGAGACAUGAUGUUCCUCCUCAUGCUUGCAGCUGCUCCCAGGUCUACAUCAAAGUGCUCCAGCAAUGAGUCUGGGCAUGCAAUCCAAUGUAAUUACUCAAAAAUGGACCUGCUUGUUUGCCAGGACACAGACAAUAUACUGUGCUGAAAUCCACCCAUCACACAACGAUUCAGUUGACUGAAUUCAUGUCCUAGGGCUUCUGUGCUGCAGUGACACAACUGUGGCUGGGUUCUUUGUGGUGCAUUAUAAUUCUGUGCGAAGGAGAGCUGUAAGUGUAGCAUGGCAGGUCCAUAACUGGGGUACCUUAAGACGUGCUCACACAGUGGCACUUCACCCAAGUCCCUAAUUUUCUGAGUGAGCACCCGUGCUUGCUGGGGGGAGCCAAACUUGCCAUGGCGCACACGUUAGGCUCUGCUCACAGGGAGACUGCCAAUGGGGCCCCCACCAGCAGCCAUGGGAGGGGGGCACACACUGCCACACGUUACCUGCACAAGAAGCAGCACCAGCAGCGGGGUUUCCGAUCUUCGUCACCAAUGGGCAGAGUCAUCCUUAUCAACUCACCUGUAGAUGGGGGAGAUGACAGUGAGGACAUCCACACAAUCACAGUGGACAAAAGUGCCGAUGGCAGGCUGGGUUUCAGUGUGAGAGGGGGGUCCGAGCAUGGCCUCAGCAUCUUUGUCAGCAAAGUGGAGGACAAUAGCUCUGCAGAGAAGGCAGGCCUGUGCGUUGGGGACAAGCUGGUGGAAGUGAAUGGAGUCAGUCUGGAGAGCAUAACGAUGAGCAGUGCAGUGAAGGUCCUAACUGGGAACAACCGACUGCGUAUGGUGGUGCGCCGUGUAGGCAAGGUGCCCGGCAUUCGCUACUCCAAGGAGAAAACUACCUGGGUGGACCUUAUUCACCGCAGAAUGGUGGUAGAGGAAAGUGGUCGGACACCCUCUGAAGCCAGCUCAGACAGUGCAUUGAGGAGGAUCGUCCACCUUUACACUACCUCUGAUGACUAUUGUCUUGGUUUUAAUAUCCGUGGGGGCAAGGAGUUUGGCCUGGGCAUAUAUGUCUCCAAGCUGGACCCAGGAGGCUUGGCAGAACAAAAUGGGAUCAAAAUGGGAGAUCAGAUCUUAGCUGCCAAUGGGGUCAGCUUUGAGGACAUCAGUCACAGCAAUGCCGUGGAGGUGCUGAAGAGUCACACCCACAUCAUGCUGACUAUCAAGGAGGCUGGCCGAUAUCCUGCGUACAAAGAAAUGGUGGCAGAAUACAGCUGGCUUAAUAAAUUGGCAAACAGCAUACACAAGUCCUCCUCCCAAGGGUCUGAUACCAACUCUUCUGCCUCCUCCCUGUCUUCGGGGACGCCCAUCAGUUCUCUCAGUGGUCUGUCCCAGAUCAUGUUUCCACCAAGUCCAUCAGCCUUUGGUGCAGAAAUGGUGGACACAUGCAUUGCCACAGAGGAGCUACAUUUGAGCACAGAUUCUCAUAAGAUGGAGACCGCCAUCCAGACCGACCCAUCUGAGCCUGUACAGCUCCCAAGGGCAGACACACUGCUUCCUAUGGACACCAGCCGUACCCUUGGCGCUACUGAGCUGCUAAAGGACACAGCCAUACGUGUGGGGAGUGUGGAGAAGGCUGGGUGGCCCCGCAACAAGGGGUUCUCCACAGGUGACCCUGCCUUGGAUAAGCAGGAUUCCCCCAAAACAGCAGUGCUGAUGGCUCUCAGCAAACCACGUCGACCCAUUCGUCGCUCUCAAAGCCAGAUCACACUAGCAGAGGAGAAGAAGAAGAGAAAGCAGCAGAAACAUAAGGGGGACAGGGGGCGCAGCACCCUGAAGCGCUCCAAGACCUUUGUCAGCCAGCUUUUCAAGAGUGGCCGGAAGAGGGACAACUCACAGGACCAUAAGUGGCACUAUGAGGGAGGGCAAGGUCGAGAGCGUGAUCACAGCCCCUUUUCUGGCUUGGAGCUGCUUGAUGCAGUGGAGGACAUGGCUCAGAAGCUACUGGAGCAUGAUGAGGUCAUAGCUGUCCUGAGGCACUGCAGGAGGUUUUUAAAGGAGCGUGUGGUGGAGGACCUGGUACGUCCCCUGUUGGUGCUAUUGGACAGGCCCGAGAAGCUGCUGUUGCUGCGUGAAAUCAGGAUCCUGAUCCACCCUACCGAAAUGGGCCAUUUUGACAGUAUGGUCCUCCCCUUUGAACUGGAAGCUUAUGAAAUUCUGAAGAGUCGAUCUUUCAGAUCUCCAGCCCUGCGUUCCCCUCGAGCUGGACGGGCCCCCAGACGCCACCUUAUCACCCCAGUCCCAGACUAUAGGGGGGGCUUCCAACUUCACCCAGCUGAGGAGGUGGAAAGGGAUCGACAGCUGAUGGAGGAUUUGGCAAGGCUGCGGCUCUCUGCAGCACCUUUGCUGGAUGUGCCUGUAGAUGGCUAUGCCACCGACUCACCCCGCUCACAUUCUGUUACAUCAUCAAGGCCCAAUUGGCUGCUUGCCGAGUCUAUACGGAGCAACGAAUGGACACCCACACAAAGGCGGGACAGUGGUACAAUCCAUUCUGUCCACUCAGCCACACAUGGUGGUACAGCAGUUACUGAGCGGGGGAGGUCCCCCUUUCGAAAUGGCCGUGGCAAAGCUAGGAAAGACGAUGGUGACACAGCACACAAUUUGUUAAGCCCAGCCAGCCACAGCAGACCUCCGCUGGCACAAGUGUUCACCACCUCAAGCUCUGCAGUGCCUUCUGAAGUGAUCGUAGGAGAAAUGAAUGAAGAAGACAGUGAGGCCACAGCCCAAGAGUAUGAGCUCAAAACUGUCAGCAUCUCUAAAACCAAGCAGUCCCUUGGGAUUAGCAUCUCUGGGGGGAUUGAGUCCAAGGUACAGCCAGUUGUAAAGAUAGAGAAGAUUUUUCCAGGUGGUGCUGCUUCUACAAGUGAAGUCCUUAAGGCAGGAUUUGAACUGGUGUCAGUCGACGGCGAGUCUCUGCAGAGCGUCACACACCAGCUGGCUGUAGAUAUCAUCCGCAAGGCCUUCAGUAACAAAGCCAAGGACCCUAUGAUAUUUGUGGUGAAGGUCCCCAAGGGUUCCAAGGAGCUGUGAGCUGAAGGAUGGCGGUACAGGGUUAGUGGUGUGCCUUGAUACCCCUCAUAAUCACAAGUUCACAUGACACGGAAGGAGCAAUUGGCCUGACUGAAAGUGGUCAUCCAAAGUUCAGGACAAGGACAAAGAUGUCACAAGAUGUAACGUCAAACAAAAGCAUCAGCAAAAGAAGAACGUAUUUUAUUACACUCGGCCUCAUGCUUUUGGAUUUACACAGCUCUUCAUGGACUAUUAUAUAAUCUGGUAUGCAUGAGAAGGGCCACAGCUAACAGUCAUUUUAUGCAAGGCAUUCAAUUGAAGACAUUCUAAUGAAUAUUUACAUUAGCUAGGACCUCUGGAUUAUAGGUGAUUUUUAUUCUUGCAAAGAUAGUAUAUGUGAUCGGGGUCUGUUCUUCAAAAGGUAAAUACAGAAGCUAGCAUAACCUUAUUCCAGAGUGCCAUCGCAGCAUGCUGACAUGUAUAACACAUCAUGCACAUUAUAUGACAAAUUAUCAGUAUGUCUGAAUUCUUGUCAGAACAUAUCAGUUUCAAGUUAUGGAACUUUUCAUGAACAUGUAUCUGACCUCCAUCCUCACUAGUGGGCAGAGAGAGAUGCCGUUAGAACAACAGAGUUGACUGGUGAGCAGGCAUGAUACACAGCAAUUCUUUGCAAUGCAUGGUUGUGUCAAAGUUGAAUCAACAAGAAACACACUAGAAGUUUAUACACAAACUCUUGUGUCAAAACCAAGCUUAAUUUAUUUUCACUGGGACUUUUUAGGGGAUUACAUCUGACAGCAGCUUUUUGGCAACAGUUUUGGUGUCCAGUAUGAAUUUCAUUUUCAUUACUGGUAUAAGUGUCAUCUGCAGACCUCUGUGGGGGCCUGCUGUUGUGAAUCUGUGCCAGGAGGCUGAGGUCUUCCAGUGCUGGAGAAAAGGUAUCUGUUUCAUACAUUUAGACUAAGGCAUGUAAGCCAGUGAUACAGUGAGGAAGAUGUAAACUUGUUCCCCUUGUUGUA